AUGGCCGCCCCGCGAGGCCUGUCCCGGCUCCCGGCCCUCCUGCUGCUGCUGGCAGGAGCUGGACAGCGACCAGGAGUCGCCGACUUCUGCAGCUGGAGGGGCAGUGGUUUGAGCUGGGAGCCGCGUUCCCGUGCGGUGGAGCAGGUCCACCUGCGCUGCACCGAGGGCUCCCUGGAAUGGAUGUACCCAGCACGAGCCCUGAGGGUGGUUCUGGAGCCCAACCUCUCCAGUGCCCGGCACACCACAGUCUGCAUCAAACCUGCCAGCGACUUCCAGGGUGCCAGCAUCUAUGUGGAACGUGCUGGGCAGCUGCAUCUGGUGGUAAGCGAGGCAGGAGGGGCCCGAGUCCACCACGUGUCUUGCUUCAGCGCCCACGCACCACGAGUGGGCCUCUUCCUGCAGGCCAGCCCGCAGAGGGACAUCAGCCGCCGCAGCGCCAGCUUCCAGUACGAGCUGCUGAGCACCCAGAGCGCUGCUGGCCCUGACUUCAGAAAGAUGGCACUGGUGGAAGCUAUGUGCCGCCCUUGUGACAACGUGGAGCUUCUGAUGGCCAUUUGCAGCAGUGAUUUUGUGGUGAAAGGAUCUAUCCAAGCUGUUUGCCACGACACCGCUCACCACGUCUCCCAGGUUGAUGUCAGUGCCCACAGAGUCUACAGGCAGAAGAGCAGAGUUUUCCAGCAGGAUGAUGCCAGCAGUGGCUGGAGAGGCCUAAUCCGAACUCUGCUACAGUGCCAGGUGAAGAAGGGAGGUGGAGAUUUCCUUUUCACUGGCAAUGAACACUUUGGUGAGGCUUGGCUGGGCUGUGCUCCUCGCUUCAAAGAUUUCCUGGUGGUUUACCAGGCUGCCAGGGAGAGAGGAACCAGCCCAUGUGAGUUUCAGCUCAACUGA